AUGAACGGCAAAGAUGCCAAAGAACUUUUUGCGUCAGGGACAGGUUCAAGCGCCAUGCAGAGACACAGUUCCGCCACAUGGAGAAGCGCAUACGACCGCUUUGGUCAAAGGGCGAUACUGCUUAAUGAGCUCAGGCUGCAGGGCCUCGUCGCCUGUGCCAUCCAGCUUGUGGUCGCGCUCGCUCUCCAGGGUGGCAUGCAUGCCAAGUUCUAUUCCCUGGACAGCCGCCUGGCGCCCCUCCCCACUCCCACCUGGUUCAUCACUCCACUGACUUGCUGCCUGGGCCUCGUCGGCUUGGUGCUGCUGAGGCCCUUGCUGUUGGCCCUACAUGUGGCGCUGGGUCUGGCACUGGCGGCGGCGCUGGGGGCCUACCACACCGGGUUGUACCUGAUGGUGGCGGACAGAUGCAAUCUCGCCCAGUCCAGUUUUUCGGGUUGUGCCUCGUGUGUAUGCGCCGCCACCAGCAGCUGCACACGGGAGGGUUUGUUCCUGCUGUUGCUCACCGCGCUACCCACCGUGCCCUCCCUGUUGGUGCUGAUGAGGUUGGAGAAGUCCCACAGCGAACUAGCCAGCAGGGUCAUGUACGCCCGAGCGCUGGUCCUUAGAGAGCUGGAGCGGCUGCGUGGUGCUAGUGGAGGUGGUGGUGUUGAGGGUGUUGGUGGUGUGGUGGAUCCCCGGGUGCUUACCCACAUGAUGGCCACGUUGCUGCGACACGGGGGCAGGCGGGAUAGGGCCCUCGUGGCAACCUGCUGCCAGACACUGCAACUGGACCCGCGGGGGCUGGAGGUGGAGUGGCAGGACGUGGAGGCGAAGGGGGUGAAGCGCCGCAGCGCGACGUGCCUGGCCUCCCAAAUUUCCGAGAGGUACCUGGCCAAUGCCAGGGGUGGCGCCUCAGUCAUAAUGCUGGGGGACCGCAGGACCCGCUGGCUGGCGCCGCCACCGCCCCGGUACCCGCACUCGACCCAACUGGGCCCAAUGGCGGCGGGCCUUCACCGCCAGGUGCUGGGAGCUGCCGGCCAGGGAGUUGCCGGCGGGGGAGCUGCUGGCGGGGGAGCCGCGCCCGUGUCUCCCGGUGGUUGGUCUGUCUCUCCCCUUGAAAGGAAGCUGACCCGGGGGUCUGGGGCGGGGGGUUCGCAGCAGGAGGCGGUGGGCUCCCCGGUGGCGGGGACGGCGGCGGACACGGGGUUCACGGAGUGGAAGCCCGCAGUGGGGGUGACAGCCGCCGGCGGAGGGGGAGGUAGCGGCAGAGCCGGGUUGAGCUCCCCGGCCUCCGCUUCCCAGCUCCCCGGCGUUGCCAGCCGCCCCUCCAUCACCGCCUUUGCCUCGCGGCGGAACCAGAUGGCGGUGGCGGCCGCAACGGAACCAGGAACGCCCCUUUUGGGACUUGCGUCCAGAUCUGGAUCCGGACCUAUGUACGGCAGUCAGGACCUGAUGGUGCCUGGCAAGGUGCCUGAUGACGCAUCAGUGGAGGUGACGCGGACUGCUGCCGUACAGGAGCAACUGGAGUCAGGGGCUUCCGUGCGGCAGUUCAAGAAGCCCCGCAGCCUUCAGAAGAGCCGCACGGUCAAGCAGCUGCUGUGA